AUGUCGUCGGACAAACGCUUCAGGAAGGAGAAAGAGAUCGUUUUGGAGUUUGACAACAAAGUGAAGGAUGUUAAAGCCGAACUUGAAGCACAACUAAAAUGUCUGGAUGGACGUUUGGAGACCCAGAACACAAUGGUCUGGGAAUAUGCCGAAUUUUUCCGUCGACGUUCAGAAAUAGAAAUGGAGUACUCAAGGGGUCUUGAUAAAUUGGUGAAGAACACUUAUAUGAGAUACAAGACAGAGAAAGCCAGAAGGGAACAUUGGCCAGGUACUACUACAUACACAUGUUGGCAGAACUUACUAGCCAUUGCUAAGAAAGUCAGCAAAGACCAUGGCAUACUAGCUGACUUAUAUAACAAUAACUUUACACAAAGACUUACUGAUAUAGGAGAGGAUGUCUCUAGGAUAUAUAGAAAGUGUCGUGCAAUAGGGGAAGAGGAACAUAAUGAAAUUGUGAAAGUAUUGAAUGAACUACAAAGUGCCAUGAAAACUUACCAUAUCUACCAUAAUGAAAGCCACAAUGCUGAGAAGAAGUUGAGAGAAGUGGAAGCUCAGAAAAACAAACUAAAAGACACUGGAAGUAAAAAGUACAAGUCCUUUGAGAAGCAAGUUGACAAGAGAAGGCAAAGGUACCAUGAAAAUAAGACAAAGUGUCUUAAGGCUCGCAAUGAGUACCUGCUAUAUAUUGAUGCGGCCAAUGCAGCCAUGAACAAGUACUUUGUUCAAGAUGUUUCAGACCUUAUAGAUUGUAUGGACCAUGGUUUCCACAGUGCAAUAGAUAGCAGUCUCAAAAUGUACUUGUCUGCAGAGGAUAACCUGCAGAAGUCACAGGCUGCCUGUAACCAGCUUAUGGCUAAAAGUAUUAGUGAUUUAGAUCAAAGAGCAGAUAAACAAAAAUUCCUCGAACAAAAUAAUGCCAUGUUUUCCCUGCCCCGGAAGUUUGAGUUUCAACCACACAAAGGGGAUGAGGUGUACCAAGUGAGUGCCCAGAAGUCUGUACAGGAUGAGCUAGAUACUCGCUACCAGCAACUCUCAAGUCGACUCUCCUGUCUUAAGCUUGAGGUUGAUGAGAUCUGGAAAACUCUUGAAACAGCUGAGAAAACAUUGAUGGAUAUGAUCACAAAUGAAGAUUCUGAUGUGACACCAUAUUUCACAGAGUUGAAACAGCCCCCAAGGUCUCCUAUUGAGAGGGACAAAAGACGUGCUGAUAGACAGGAAACAGAGGACUUCUACAUAAAUAAAUUCCGCAGUUAUGCCUUGGACAACAACUUGAUAGCACGACUUGAUGCGAAACACAAAACAUUACAGAAGGCAUUAGGAGAUGGGGUCACGUCAGAGAACAAAAGACCGCCCUCCCUACCCCCAAAGCCUAAGAAACAAAGGCGGUUAGGGAAGACAACCAUUAAAGGGCAACCAAAGUUGUUUGGAGGCAGUAUUACGGAAUAUACAGAGGCAAUAAAUCAAGACAUCCCACCUAUAAUAACAAGCUGUAUCAAAGCCAUCAAUUUACAUGGUAUGCACCACCAAGGCAUAUUCAGAGUAUCUGGCUCAGUAAUUGAAAUCAACGAUUUCAAGGCAGCAUUUGAAAAAGGUGAGGACCCCUUGGUAGAUAUAGAAGAUGCCUCAGAUAUUAAUUCAAUAGCAGGAGUGUUGAAGUUAUAUCUACGUGAGUUGAAGGAGCCCCUUUUCCCCAUACAGUUGUUUGACCAACUAAUAGAGUGCAGUAAACUUGGAGAUGAGGCAGAUUUCCUAGCAAGGAUGAAAGAAUUGAUUGCCACUUUAUCACGACCUGUGUUUGUUGUAAUGCGAUAUCUCUUUGCCUUCCUACAUCAUCUGUCGGAGUACAGUGAUGAAAAUAUGAUGGACAACUUCAACCUGGGUGUGUGCUUUGGCCCCACCCUGCUUCCUGUACCUCCUGAUAAGGAUCUUGUAUUGUACCAGAACAAUGUGAAUGAUCUAAUAAAAAAUAUCAUUAGAUUACGAGAGGAAUUAUUCCCAAAUGAUGGUGGGGUCGUAUAUGAAAAGUGUAUGACUGAAACAGACAGUGAUCGGGACCUUGACACUGUUGAGUCAAUGUCUGAAGGUGGAGAUGACGAUGGGAGCGAAGAAGAGCCGGAUGUGAUUGAGGCCAUUGGCCUUUACGAUUUCAAAGGCCGGACAGAAAGAGAAUUGUCCUUCAAGAAAGGCGACAAGCUGUAUGUGUAUAGUCAAGUAUCAGAUGACUGGUGGGAAGGGUGCAUUGGUGAACGGGAGGGGCUCAUUCCUGAUAAAUAUGUACAGAUGCGUCAUAAGGGUGACAGCAGUGACAAUAAGAGCCAGAGUAGCAGCGAAGACAUUAAAGAAGACCGAAGAAAGUCUACUGAAAGUCUCCCAGCUAAGGAUUUCAGCAGCCAACCAGGAGUGGAAGCUAUAGAUAAAUCAGCCUCCCAGCCCAAUAUAAGUCUUCUAGCUAAAACUGGUCGACAUAGCAGUAGCCCUGUGGAAUCUAAACGACCGAGUGUCUCGUCAGUAGACUCUGACCCAGGUUUGGGAAAUCAAAAUCAGUCCCCCGCAAAAACGUUAACAACAUUGAGUAAUAAAAAUCGGCAAGGUAGUGAUCGGUCGAAUAGUGAUUCAAGUGACGCAACUGAGAGAAGUACUGAGGAUUUAUCGUAUGACAUCGAAAAUGCAUUAGCUGAAGUGAUGUCAGGUUUACAGUCGUUGGAGCUGCAACAAAAUUCUGACCGUAAAGGCAAAGUAUUAGUACAAAGUAAAUUAAAGCCUUCAACUCCACAGAGAGACUCGUCAGAGACUAGCAUUAAAAAACAGGAGUAUCACCCAAAGCAUACACCUGAUUUAGUUAUGGAUCUACCAAUAGCAAUCCAGCACCAGCCUAGUUCCCCUAAGGAAUCCAGCAACCCAGAACCUGAAUCUGACUCUGAGGCUAGGGACUCUGAGGCUCGCGAUUCCCACCCCCAGGACUCAGUUAUUCUCUCAACAGCUGAGAGGUUUGCUAGCAAUAAUCAGUCUACUAUGAAGAAGGGAAGCUCUAUGCCACGUAGCUACACAAGUAGCGCUAUGCAAGGGGAGCCAGGUAGCCCACUAAUGGAGCGUCAGGUAAAGCGAAGCUUAAGUACUAGUGCUACAAUGACUGCUAGGGAUACCCCUGAGAAAGACAGCUCGGAUAUGAAACACAUGGCUUCUCCAAUGACUAUAGCCCCACGAGUGGCAAAUAUAAAGCCUGUAACUAUGACUCAAACACAAGUGCUACCCCUUCCCAAGCCAUUUCAAAGUCCCCCUCAACUUCUCCCAUCAGUGGGGGCUAAACCCAUGGUACGACCCAAACCACAGGUCAUGAGGAAACCUGUCGCCUCCCCUGAACUCUUGAUGAAAUUACGCGCCAAUGGGACCCCCUCCCCUAGAAGUACACCCACACGGGAUACCCCGCCACCAUCUGACAAUUGAUUUCCAUGGUAACCUUAGAAAGGCCCUGCUUCCAGAGACACAUCUCCAAUGAAAGCUCAACUUCCUUCCGAAACCAACAUUUGUUCAUCUGACUUUACUCAGGCCAGUGUGAUAUGAUAACGAAUUAUCAACCAUUGAAUCCUAAUCAUCUGGCCAGUGUGAUAUGACAAAGAACUAUCAACCAUUGACUUGUUAUAAUAUCAUAGAGUAUUUAAAGUACAGUCUAGCCUACAGAACCAAGAAAACAUGGCCGACUGCCCGUGUAAAUGAAUGGUAAGGGUGUAAUAUUUGGGGCUGUGAAUUGGACUAAGUAAUGAAUGGGAGAUUAUUCUUGGAUACUGGGGACUAUAGUUGUUACAUUUCCAUUGUUCUAGGGACCCAUGUGUUACACUGAGGUUUAUUUGUGUAGUUCUUUACAUAUGAUACCACGAUGCAUGUCAUCUCAAAAGGGCUAUUUCUCAAACAUAUGGUCUUGUGAAAAGCAGGAAUUUUCACUUUGGUAUGAAAUGCAACUGUCUUGACACAGUAAUUUUCACUUUGGUAUGAAAUCCACAGUAAUUUUCACAUUAGUAUGAAAUCCACAGUAAUUUUCACAUUGGUAUAAAAUGCAACUAUCUUCAGUUUGUAGAUCAAUAUAGGUAAUAAAAAAUUGAGAAUGU